AUGUUACUUCAGUCGAUGUGUGUACAUUUUAAGACCAUAGAUUUAAAAGAAUAUAAAGAUGUUAUAGCUUGGAUAAGCCAUAAUCAAACCAAUGUCACAUUGUCCACUUGUAGAGCCGAAUACCUAGCCAUGAGUUAUGCCUAUCAAGAAUUAAUAUCUCUAGACAAGGUACUUAGAAUUGUUAUAGGAAAACUGAUGUUUCCUAUAACAGUCUGGUGUGAUAACAUAUCCCCUGGAGACUGCACCAAAAAAGAUGGUAGUCACAAACUAAAAGUAUUUGAUGAUCAUUUAGAGGAAAUAAAUGACGACCUACAACAUAGAGAGAAAUCUGGACUUAGAAGACAUAUGGUUGCAACACAUGUAUUGAAUUUAUAUAUUGGAAUAAUGGCUUACGAACACGUAAAUCCAGAAGUAGAAUUGAAGGUGAAGGAGGAAGAUUUAAAAAUUACUGAGGAGUUUAUUGAACCAAACGGAAAUAUUAUUGCAAGAGAAACUGGCAGAACAUAUUACGAGGCCAAUAAUAUGAAACUGGAAAGUGAUGUUGGAGAGAAAGAUAGAAAUGAAAGUCAGGAAAAAUUCGAGUGUUGUUUGUGUGAAUUUUCGACAAUCUGGAUAGGCAAUUUCAGGAGACAUGUGAACAUUGUGCAUUUUAACAAAAAAGAUUUCAAAUGCCGACUUUGUGACUAUAUAUCAAGUGACAGUAAUACUGUUUUACAACAUAUGAGUGAUGUACAUUUCAAAUUGAAAAAAUUCCAAUGCCAUCUUUGUGGAUAUUCGACGAGUCGAAAAACUAAUUUGAAACGUCACAUAACAACUGUACAUUUGAAUUUGAAGAAAUUUAAAUGUGAAGAAUGUGCUUAUGCCACAAAUUUGAGUAGUUCGUUGAAAUAUCACAUACAGAAAGUACAUUCAGAUACGGAAACAUAUCCAAAACCUAGAAACUACAAAUGUAAUGUAUGUGAAUUGUCUACAACUUCAAAAAAAGAUUUGAACAAACAUAUCAAAAGUGUUCAUUUGAAGAUUAAAGACUAUCAAUGUGAUAUAUGUGAAUAUAAGGCGAGCAGAAAAACUCAUUUAAAAAGUCAUAUGGAAAAUAUUCAUUCGACUAAAAAGUUCAAAUUAUGCGAUUUCAGUACAACUGAGCAAUGGAUUUUAAGAAGACAUGUGAAAGACUUACAUCCAGAAAAACUGUAG